UGGGAGAAUUGAAUAUUUUUCCACUUAAUCUGAAAAUUGGCCUUGGUUUCUUGGAAUGUUUCUCACCUCCUCUCAGCAUCAUCUACUGGAAAGAAGGCUCAAGAGAAAGUUGGGGAAGAUCUAUCAAUGCAACACCCGAGGAAACCCACCCUGAUACCUUCAUUUCUCCAUUUGUAAGACCAGCAUAAUCAUACCCGUGUCACCUUUUUCUUUAGAAUAACAUGAAAAUGAAUAUGCAAAAGCAUUAAGCUUUCAGAGGAAAGAUGCUAUGCAAAUUUGAGGUGACCUCACUAUUACAAUAAUAAUUUUUUUUUGCACUAAGAGGAAAUUUUUCCUUAUCCUAAAGCCUUCCUACCAAGGUGGACUUUUUUCAGUGUGGGUUUUUGUGAUUUAAAUUCAACAAACACUAGUAGUUUCAAGUUUAUUUCAGUAUUAAGCAGGAAAGCAGUUUCUGCAUGAAAUGUGAAAAUUAAAAUACCAUAGUAAUGAAAAAGAUCCCGCAUCCUCAGGUGGGUUUUGUAGGUGUGUACAUGUUUAGCUAUGCACAUCUCAUAUCACUUACAUUGUACUUGUGAUUCUUUUCUCAAAUCCCAACUCUCUCAAAGCCCUUUCAAAUCUCUAUGUGAUUAACUAGUCCAAAGGCUAAGUUGGAUACAGAUAUUUUUUCUCUUCAGGCUGAAGAAAUCAAGACUGAAAGCUUUGGUUCGUGUUUACUCUUGUAUCAUAAGUAUUUUUAAAAGUAUGAUUAAUAUAUAUAAUAACAAACAGGCACAGCUCCCCGGGGAGGCACACAUAUUAAAAUGAUUUACCCAGAGAUUUAAAUGAUUUACCCCACUUUCAACAGGAGAAGGUGGCCCAUGCCAGAGCAGGUCUCAGAACCUCUCAAUCUCAGGCCUCGCCUCAUCUACGUGCUCUUUUAUGUGCAGGUGCAGCCCACGUUGUGGUGUAAUGCAAAUCUAUGGCUAGACUGUAUCACAGCGAAUAAAUCCAUUUGGAGGAAAAGGCACCUGGUGAAAGGCCACAAUGCGAUGGAAUGCAAUGCUGCUAUGUGCGAUGCUGCUCACAAGAAAACUUUGAGUAAAUAUUGCAUGGGUCAAACUUACGAUCCAACUUUUUCACGUAACAGGGCCAUGUAUUGGAUAGCUUCAGAAUCCCCAUUCAGCGUGUCCACUUUGCUUUUUGAUGCAAUGCCACCUCACAAAAGCAUUCGAGCCACAGUCAUCUUUUUUUUCCUUCUUUCUCCCCUUGCUGUAAUGACCCAAAUCUCCAUUUUUAUUUUGUAAUUUUCGUAAGCUUUUUAAGGCAAUGACUAUAAUAACUCAUGUUUGGUGAAAUAAUUCUUUUGGUUGAUAUAUUUCAUAGUUUGGUCUCUAAAAAAAGUUAAAAAACAACAACAAGAACCAAAAACAAACAACCCCCCGCCCCAAGCUUCCCUCUGCUUGAUGCCAUAGACAAGAGUCCAAAGGACAUUAGCUGCUCCAUUGCACACAUUGGAAGGGAGAGUUUGCUGUGAGCUCAGUCCUUCUAAUAGACUGGCAAUUUUGUAAAAGGUUUAGAGAAUUUUGUUUAACCAUUUCUGCAUGUGUUUUUAAUGAGCUCAUGACGGUUUCUAACAAAGGCCAGGUUGUGUGUUUUCCAGCACUUUCUGACCUGAUUCCUCCCUGCUGACUUGGGGAGUGUGCACCUGUGCUUCUCUCCUGGCUCACCUAUGGGAGUCGGGGUGGUGGGGCCAUCUCCGGGCCUGUCUUCACGCCAGGGAUGAAUCAUGUAGUAGGCAGAGUGGAAGGAGCCUCUUUGUUGACAGCUUUCCAUCUGGACUUUGGAUAUGGCUGAUCGUUCAUGUAGAGCUGUGGUUAGCUGGAAGGGGCUACGCGAGUCAGCUCCUCCUUAAGGGAUCAAGGGUGUGUAAAACAUCAGGAAAGAACUGCCCGGGAUUUCAUUUGCAAAGCUUAGAGAAGCAUUUUAUCCUCUGAGUUUCAGGUAGCCAGAGUUGUGAAUGUGUAUGACUGCAGCUUUGACAGGUUGGUCUUUAAUAGUCAAUAGGAUCAUUUAUAGCCUCAUUCAGAUAAUCCAACUGGAGUACACCUGAAUAAAUACAUCAAGCUCAGGUGGCUAAAAGCUAACCCCUUUCGAGUUUAAUAAUUAAAAUAAACAGAGCUAUGAAGAUGAAUUUCAGUUUGUCAUGCAUAAAUGUAAGAAGCUCCAUAAAGGAUGGUGUUCUGUGAUUCAUAUAGGAGUAUGAUGGAUGUAUGAUACGUUUUCCACAGCUAUUUAAGAAAACAUGAUUAUCUUAGUCAUGGGGUAAAGUUAUGUGAAGCAUUGCACCAUCCAGGCUGUGUCUGGGCCAGUACAGAUUUUUUUUUCUUUUUCUUUUUCUUUCUUUUUUUUUUUGUGAAAGAUUACUUCUUGGCAAACUAGAUAUGCAAACGCCAGAAUACAGUAAAACCACAUUUAAUUGGACCUACUUGCCAACUUCUUGAACACAGCUUGGAUUAUUCCACUGGAGGCUGCUUCUGUUAAAAGCUGGGGGAGGAGGAAGUGGCAUAUUGACAAGACUUCAGAUAAUUUUUUUUCACUCGAAGUACAAUUAUGCAAUGAGCCAAGUUUGGAAGUAUUUUACUAUGUUUAAUAAUUAUUAUUAAAGAUAUUGUAAAACAUAUGCAUUUGUUAAGUGGAAUGUAAUGGGAGUAAAAUCAUGUCAUCAAUUUUCCUUUGGAUAUAUUUUCCCAUUUUGUGUUUUAUUUGACAGCCUUCCAAAUUGAUUCUAGCCAAAACCAUGCACUCUAAUAUAUAUCAUACUUGAUAUUAAAGUGAGAAUGCGAGUAAUUUAUAGAAUCUGAGUGAGAACAGUUUUCUUCUCUUAGCCAGCCUAUGCGGAGCUGCCACCUCUGCUCAGGUAGCAACUGACACACGCCUUGUCCACAGAAAGGAAAAUAAUAGGGGUCCAGAGUUCCUCCACACAUCCUCCCUGAUAGACACUCCAAAACCCACAUAUCCCAGGCAUUGUUCAGUGGGAGAUCAGGGGCAAGGAGAAGGAUAACUACUUCUUUAUGUGUAUGUGAAUCUAGAGGAACCAGACUCGUCUCUGGAAAUGCAGGUGGGAAGUAGGAUUCACUGAGAAGCCAUCAUUCUGCUCAAGUGAGUCCUGACUUCAGGCGAGGGAUCCUAAAGGUGACACCGCAAUCCUUCACCUGGAAAGCCAAGGAGGCAUGACAUCGAUGUGUUUCACAUCCUAAGCUUAAACAAAUGUAUAUUGUUUUUACUGCCUCUUUCUCAAGGGGGAACACAGCCCCUGAAACUGCACUCCUUGAAACCGAACAAAGGUGCCAUCGCUAAUGAUUAGCAAGAUGCUCCGGAUGGUUUGCAUCGAACUCCACCUGCUAUGUGAAAACCCCAUGCUUUUCUCACUUUCCCACUCAAGCUGCUUAGCAGUUGGGUCCUCCUCUCCUCCGAGUGUGGUUAUGUGUCGGUUUGACUUCUGUGUGCCCUGUGAUUUCAUUGUUUUCUUCUGCCCUGCCACAGCAGAUGACCAGUGGAGGCAACCCGCUGACAGAGGAAAAGGGCAGGUCCCUGCAUCCAUCUCAGCGCCCUGCAGCGGGCGGCCUGUCUUUCAGGCGGGAGUUCCCAGCGGCGUUCCUAGGUGUUUUGAAUGUGUGCCCCGGGCUGGGGGAAGCCUCGUGCAGUUCUGCUGCUGUGGGAGGCAGGGGGGACUGGAGGGGACGGGAGCAGUGUGAGGCUUUCAUGUGCAGAGGGGACAUGAGGACAUCUGGACGGCAUCCCUGUGAGCAGGGCUCCUGCUGCAGGCCUUUGAAAACCCUGCUGCCCCAGCUCCCCAGGGCCUUGGAACUUUCUCCCCAGAGAAUGCAGAAAAGCCAGUGCCCUUGAUUUCCUAGACAUCUACAGCUUCGACACGUGCAGGGUUGUCCAGGAGCAGUGAGGUUUGGGGUGAGGGCCUGAGCACUUUCUGAAAAGUGCUUGGUUCUAAGAACCUGGAACUAGGAGUGAGGAGUGACAUGAGUUCUGCCCUCAAGUCCUCUGAUAACCAGCUGUGCAGUCUUGAACAAGUGACUUCAUCUCUUCAUCUUUAAAAUAAACCUUUUGGGCCAAAUGACUCGAAUGUUUUUCCAACUCUAUUUUUUUUUUUUUUUUUACCUGUUUAACAGAAAUGCUGAUUGAACUUGGGCUGGGAACAAAGAAAUCUUUUCUAAUUAGAGUAGAACUGAUGACUAAUAUACUGCUCAGGCUUCUGAGGCUCGUUGGGAUCAAAGGCACACUCACUCUGAUAAGGGAGGGCACAGACCGGGCUGCUGACUCUUUCCACCAGCCUUUGGGUUUUAAUAUCUAACUCCAGUUAUGUCCACGCAUGCUGGCCAUGUGCUAGACACAC